AUGGAGCGGCCCGCGGAAGGCGAGCAGCCGCCCCCUCAGCAGCCCUGGGGGCGGCUCCUCCGCCUGGGCGCCGAGGAGGGCGAGCCGCACGUCCUCCUGCGGAAACGGGAGUGGACCUUCGGGCGGAAGAGAGGUUGCGACUUCUCGUUUCCUGGCAACAAGCUGGUCUCUGGAGAUCACUGUAAAAUCAUCUGGGAUGAGAAGUCUGGCCAGGUGCUGCUGGAAGAUACCAGCACCAACGGCACGGUGGUUAACGCUGUGACAGUUGUGAGGAGGCAGACAUGCCUGUUGCGGACGGGCGAUGUCAUCUACGUGGUGUACAGGAAGAACGAGCCGGAGCACAACGUAGUGUACCGCUACGAGGCGUUGAGUGAAAAGCAAGGUGUGGCCCAGGACUCCUUGGAAGCCACGAAGGAAAGCGUGAUCCACGUGACCAAAGAUACCUCAGGUGCCGGGCGAGGGGACCAGCCCCAGGGCCUGCCGUCGUCGCCCACCACUCAGGCGUCCUGUGAGGAACCACAGCCAUCUACGUCCACGUCGGACCUCUUCCCUACAGCCUUUGCUUCGUCCAUGGAGCCCCCCGCAGGGCGAGCGCCUCCCUCCGGCUCUGCUGCCGGCAGAGCCAGCGUCUCCCCGAGAGGAUGCGGUGUGCCCGUGACCAGCGAGGAGCCCUCCAGCAUCCCGCCCGCUGUGCCCAGAGAAGGAGCCUCCCUUCCUGGCCCGGAACCGCAGGAUCCGGAGGGCCUGGAGCCCACUACGAAGAGGAUGAGAGGAGACGGGGAGCCCAGCCUGAGACCGCCUCUGCUGGCCGCAGACCAGGGUCCGGACACCCCGGACGCCCCCGAGGAGGCCAGAGCUGCGGCCGAGAAGCCUGACAAGAUGGAGGAGACGCUCACGUGCAUUAUCUGCCAGGACCUGCUGCACGACUGCGUGAGCCUGCAGCCCUGCAUGCACACCUUCUGCGCGGCCUGCUACUCAGGCUGGAUGGAGCGCUCCACGCUGUGCCCCACGUGCCGCUGCCCUGUCGAGCGCAUCUGUAAAAACCACAUCCUCAACAACCUGGUGGAGGCAUACCUUCUCCAGCACCCAGACAAGAGCCGCAGCGAGGAAGAUGUGCGGAGCAUGGCCACCAGGAACAAGAUCACUCAGGACAUGCUGCAGCCCAAAGUCAGGAGGUCAUUCUCGGACGAGGAGGUCAGUUCAGAGGACCUGCUGGACCUGUCCGACGUGGACAGCGAGUCCUCGGACGUGAGCCAGCCGUACAUCGUGUGCAGACAGUGCCCUGAGUACCGACGGCAGGCAGGGCCACCCCUCUGCUCGGGGCCAGGCAGCGAGCAGGGGCCGCCGCAGGCCUCUGGCGACACACCGUCGACAUCUGCCAGCACCACGACAGCCCAGGAUUACGUGUGCACCCUGCAGGGGAGCCACGCCAUAUGCACCUGCUGCUUCCAGCCCAUGCCCGACCGGAGGGCCGAGCGGGAGCAGGACCCCCGCAUCGCCCCCCAGCAGUGUGCCGUCUGCCUGCAGCCCUUCUGUCACCUGUACUGGGGCUGCGCCCGGACUGGCUGCCUCGGCUGCCUGGCCCCCUUCUGUGAACUCCACCUGGGCGACAGGUGUCUGGACGGGGUGCUUAACAACAACAACUACGAAUCCGACAUCCUGAAGAACUACCUGGCGACCAGGGGUCUGACGUGGAAGAACGUGCUGACGGAGAGCCUGGUGGCUCUGCAGAGGGGUGUGUUCCUGCUGUCUGAUUACCGGGUCUCGGGCAGCACCGUGCUGUGCUACUGCUGCGGCCUGCGGAGCUUCCGGGAGCUGGCCUACCAGUAUCGGCAGAACAUUCCGGCCUCCGAGCUGCCAGUGGCUGUGAUGUCCCGUCCCGACUGCUAUUGGGGUCGCAACUGCCGCACUCAGGUGAAGGCCCACCACGCGAUGAAAUUCAAUCAUAUCUGUGAACAGACGAGAUUCAAGAACUAA